CUGCGGAGACCAUGGGCUAUUGCAGCGGCAGGUGCACACUGGUGGCUGUCUGCGGCGUGCAACUGGUUUGUGUACUGGAGAGGCAGAUAUUCGACUUCCUUGGUUAUCAGUGGGCACCAAUCCUGGCCAAUUUUGUGCAUAUCAUCAUCGUCAUCCUAGGACUCUUUGGAGCCAUUCAGUAUAGACCUCGCUACAUAACGGGAUAUGCUGUCUGGCUAGUCUUCUGGGUUACAUGGAACGUGUUUGUCAUCUGCUUCUACUUGGAGGCUGGGGACCUUUCAAAGGAAACAGACCUUAUUCUGACUUUUAAUAUCUCGAUGCACCGCUCCUGGUGGAUGGAGAACGGGCCGGGCUGCACCGUGACCUCGGUGACCCCAGCCCCAGAUUGGGCCCCAGAAGACCAUCGCUACAUCACUGUGUCAGGCUGUCUGCUUGAGUACCAGUAUAUAGAAGUGGCUCACAGUUCCCUCCAGAUUGUUCUCGCGCUGGCAGGGUUCAUCUACGCCUGUUAUGUUGUGAAAUGUAUUACUGAAGAAGAGGACAGCUUUGAUUUCAUAGGUGGGUUCGACUCUUACGGCUAUCAAGGUCCACAGAAGACAUCUCAUUUACAACUACAGCCCAUGUACAUGUCCAAGUAAGCAGGGUGGCCUGCACACGCACCAACUCAAGGGCCUUUCAGAGAACUCAAUUCCCAGCAGGCUCCUCAGUCUUAAAAAGAGCAAGCAGCAACCUGUGAGUGGGUUUGAAAAUUUAGGAAAAAACCCACCAAACCCUAAGCAUAUGGCCAGACAUUAAAAA